AUGAUCAUCAGCGCUCUUCUUCUGAUGUUCGGCGCUCGCGCCCUCAUCCUGGAUCCAGUCGGGCUGGUAGAUGCGCCAGCCUCUGUAGACAAGCGACAGGCAUCUACAGGAACACUAGGGGGCUCUGCACCCACGGUCACGAACACAGGUGAUUCUGAAAGGCCGUACGGCGUGGAUGGCGAUACACGGAUUAUGAAUCAGCAGCCUCGAGAAGGUAGCUCUCUUGAGUUCCUCGUCCCAUGUUUCACUGUCCCACGUGGAAUCUUAUCUAACACGAAAUCGAUCCAUCAGCUGCAACAACCAAUUCGACUCUUGCCAGAAGCCAACACGGACCAGUCAUCAUCCUUCUCCCUCCAAGAUUGUCAGGAUCAAUUAAACAGUUGCAUGUCGACAGUAUCAUCUACGAGCGUUGCGUCACAGGGUGCUACCAUAGCAUCGGCACCGACAACAAGCAGCUUGACAACAGAUGCAACCACUGUAACCGCGCAAUUGGCCCAAACUACAAUCCAAUACGAUGCAGAAUUCGACCUUGUCUGUGAUCUUUAA